AUGGCAGGAACCUAUGCGAAAAGCGAACGGGUCGAGCCCGGCUCGGUCAACCUCCCGCCCCGCGCGUACCCCCCAUCGGUGCGCUCAACAUCCGUCGAUGCGGGGGAGGUCGCGGCGAACGUCAUCAAGGCCUUCAACGCCGCGCUGAGGUCCAAGAACUACAAGGACCUCGCACAGCUCUUCGUCUCCGACGGCUAUUGGAGGGACCACCUGGCCCUCUCGUGGGAUUUCCGCACGCUGAAGGGGAGAGACAAGAUCCAGAGCUUCCUCGGCCAGUCGUGCCGGCUGCGGGAGGUCUUCAUCGACGCCUCGACGUCGUUCCGGGCGCCGCACUUCGCCCCCGUCGACGCCCACGGGAAGGUGCAGUGCCUGCAGUUCUUCAUCAAGGCCAGCACCGACGUCGGGCCGGCCGAGGGCGUGGUGCGGCUGAUCGAGUCCGGCGAGAAGUGGGAGAUCUUCACCUUCUUCACGGCGCUCCGCGAGUUGAAGGGCCAUGAAGAGCCGCUGCGCCACCGGAGGGAGAAGGGGGUAGAACACGUGCGUCAGCGGGAGAGUAAGAACUGGAAGGAGAAGCGGGAGGACAGCAUCAACUACGUGGACAGCGAACCUACGGUUGUGAUUGUUGGCGCCGGCCAAGCCGGCCUCACAGUCGCCGCACGGCUCAAGAUGCUCAACAUCAACGCGCUCGUCAUCGACAAGAACGGCCGGGUCGGCGAUAGUUGGCGCAAGCGGUACCACCAGCUCGUGCUGCACGACCCCGUGUGGUACGACCACCUCCCGUACAUCAGCUUCCCGGAGCACUGGCCCGUCUUCACGCCCAAGGACAAGAUGGCCGAGUUCUUCGAGGCCUACGCGAACCUGCUCGAGCUCAACGUCUGGAUGUCGACGACGCUCACGGGGUCGUCCUGGGACGAGGCGAGGCAGCAGUGGUCCGUCACGCUCGACCGGCAGAGGCCCGACGGGACGCGGGAGACGCGGACGCUACGGCCGCGGCACGUCAUCCAGGCGACGGGCCACUCGGGCAAGAUGUUCUUCCCGGACAUCAAGGGCAUGGACAGGUUCCGGGGCGACCGGCUCUGCCACAGCUCCGAGUUCCCCGGCGCGAGGCCGGACUCGAGGGGCAAGAAGGCCGUCGUCGUCGGGUCGUGCAACUCGGGCCACGACAUCGCGCAGGACUUUUACGAGAACGGGUACGACGUGACCAUGGUGCAGCGCAGCUCGACGUCGGUGGUGUCGUCGAGCUCCAUCACGGACAUCGGGCUCAAGGGCCUCUACGACGAGGACGCGCCGCCCGUCGACGACGCCGACCUCUGGCUCUGGAGCCUGCCGGCGGAGCUGUUCAAGGCGCUGCAGGUCGGCAUGACGGAGCUGCAGAACGCCAACGACGCCGACCUCCUCGCAGGCCUCGACCGGGCCGGGUUCAAGCUGGACAUGGGCCCCAGCGGCGGCGGCUUCUUCACCAAGUACUUCCAGCGCGGCGGCGGGUACUACAUCGACGUCGGCUGCAGCCAGCUCAUCAUCGACGGGGCCAUCAAGAUCAAGGGCGGGCAGGAGAUCGCCGAGGUGCUCCCCGGGGGCCUGCGGUUCGCCGACGGGACGGAGCUCGAGGCGGACGAGGUCGUCUUCGCGACGGGGUACCAGAACAUGCGGACCGAGGCGCGCGGCAUCUUCGGCGACGCCCUGGCGGACCGGGUCGGCGACGUCUGGGGCUGGGACGACGAGGGCGAGUUCCGGGCCAUGUGGCGCGGCUCGGGCCAUCCGGGCUUCUGGUUCAUGGGCGGCAACCUCGCGCUGUGCCGGUACUUCUCCAAGAUGCUCGCGCUGCAGAUCAAGGCGAGAGAGGAGGGCAUCGACCAGGGGCAGCAACGGUCGACGACGAGGGGGGUUCUGGGGCUGGUGGGCGGUGUUCCCAAGCUGUGA